UUGAAUUUGUAUAUUGAUUAAGGUUUUAUAUAUUGUUUGUCUUUAUUGUUAAUUGAAACUAAUGGACAAUUAUUUUUUUAGAUGCCUCGAAGAGCAGUAUCAUCUAGAGGUAGAGGACAUAGCCAGCAACUCUCAAUGAAUGAAACAGAUGAGGCAGUACAGGUGCAGGAGGAAACACUGGAGCACACUCCACAAGCAUUAGGGGGGCAAACAAACGCAUCCUCAUCAUCAUCAGUUCGAACUAGAGGUCCGAACUUGGGACAUCCUAUCCCAUCAAACCCUUCUGAUCGACAAUUGAUUAGAUUGAAAGGAAAUGUUUUUUUAGAUUCCACAGUUACUAGAUCAAUCACUAAUGACAUUAAGAUGCGCUACACUGCUCCAUGGAAAACUUGGUCAGAAAUACCUUUAAAGAUAAAAGACGAGCUCUUCGGACUUUUUCGGAGUCGAUAUACAUGGGAUGAGAGUGAAGAAGGUAUGGUUCGAAUUGCUUGGGAAAAGGUAGGUAAGGAAAGAUUGCGAGACAUUCUUAAUAGAGUUAGGAGCGAAUUGUUGCGCAAGCACAAGAAGACAGAUGUUGCUUAUCUAUACAAUUUAGGACCAGAUUGGAUGGAGGCAGAGAUAUGGAAUGAACUUGUUGCUUAUUGGAGUACACCAGAGUGGAGAAAGAAAUCAGAAGCUGGUAAAGCAAAUAGAAACGUAGAAAAAGAUGGGACUAUUACGAAACACUCUGGUGGUUCAAUAAAAUUGGAGGUUCAUGAGAAUAGAUUGGCAAAGAAGUUGGGUAGACAACCAACUCAACUUGAACUAUUUCGUGCAACUCACAUAAAAAAGGGGAGUCAAGGUGUUUACAUUGAUGGAAAAUCACGACGAGUUGAUGGAGCUUAUUUGAGUGCAAUUGCUGAAAAUGUGAAUGACAAUUGUGAGAGUCCGUCUGCUUUUGAUUUGAAUAAGUGGAUUGAAAUUUCUGGAAGUAGCAAAGGAAGAGUUUAUGGUUUUGGAUCCUCUAAUAUUGCAAAAUCAGGAACUCCAACUACAUCUUUCUCAUGCACAUCAGCUCAUCCUGGAGGACCUUCUCAAACUAUGUUUUCUUUAGAGGAGAUGAGAACUCUAUUUAAAUCUCAAGAUUUGUGGGACUUGAUUGAGAAAGGGUAUCCUGAACCAAGUGAAAAGACUAGGUUGAAGGAAAAAGAGAAGGAUUCCAAAUUGUUAUUCUUCAUCCAGCAAGCUGUGCAUGAGUUAGUUUUUUCAAAAAUUGCAACAACAACUACUGCUAAAAAUGCGUGGCCGACCUUGCAGACGGUGCACCAAGGCAAUUCUAAGUCUUAUAGAGAAAAAAUCUUGGAUCAAACUGUUGUUGCAAAGGUGUUAAGGAAUUUAACUCUGAAAUUUGAUCAUCUUAUGGCAACCAUUGAAGAGUCUAAAGAUUUAACCACCUACUAA